AUAUUUAAUUGUCAACUUGAUUUAGAACAAGUGGUACAAGGCAGUACGGAUAUUUCUCGUUUACUGCAGAUGUUAAGUGAAAUUAGUACUUUUAUAAGCACUGAGCACUGCUUCGAUGCAAUGCGUGCCGGACAAACACAGAGGAGUAGGUUUCGUUCAUCCUAACGCAUGGCAAGGAUGGCCGCGUCUGGUUCCGAAAUUGACGACUUCUUGAACGGGCCUCUAGUUUCGUGGCUGAAAUCAUGUCUUCCAAGUCCAGAUGUUGUCACAGAGUAUUCAUCUCUGUUCAAUGGAGACAUCUUACAUCAAGUGUACCUUCAGAUAGACCCAGAGCCAUCAUGCCAUAUCACAAAGCUUGCUGGGUUAGAAGACCAAGCCCUGAUAUUAGGUAGAGUGAAGAACUUUGAUGCCAUCAUCAAAAAUGUGAAGAGUUUGUAUGAAGAAGAGCUUGGCAUGACACUCUUGGUGGUCCCAGAAUGUAUAUGCUUGGGAAAGGCACCAGAAACAAGGGAGGGUCUGGAAACCAUGAAGCUUCUGAUCUUGCUUCUCCUUGGUGCAGCAGUGCAGUGUCCUAAUAAAGAAUUGUUCAUCACCAGGAUUAAGGAACUUAAUGUUGAUCUGCAGCACAACAUUGUGGAAUGCAUCAAACAGGUUACAGACAUGCAGACUGUGGUUUUGACGCCAGAUGCCAUCGAUCUUUUUCAAUCACCGACGAUGUUUAAUCACAUGCGUCGGUUAGCUAAAGAACGUGAUCACUACUUACAAAACUGGGCUUCCCUAGUACUUCACGAAGGUUUGUGCGAGAAUGACAAUGAGAACAAAAAUGGAAAGAAUAGGUCUACACAGAAUGUCAACCAAAAUAAUGGCGAUAGCCAACAUCUUGCUGUCGAGCUGGCUGACUGGAAAGCACGCCUGAGGAAGCAAAGACAAGAAUUGGAAGAAAAAUCGGAACAGUUGUCUGAAUGUCGUGAAGAAUUAGAACACACCAAGCUAGUGCUAGCCAAGUUACGCUCUGACAGCCAAGAAUGGUUCAAUGAAGCUAGAAAAUCGGCAGGCUAUAGAGAUGAAGUUGAUGCUCUUAGGGAAAAGGCUGAGCGGUGUGAUAGGCUAGAACAAGAAAUUCAGCGUUACCGUGAUCGUCUAGCAGACGCGGAGUAUUAUAAAACUCGAGUUACAGAACUUCGCGAAGAUAAUAAAGCUUUAAUGGAAACAAGAGAUGCCUUAGAAGAACAACUACAGAGAGCACGGAAACGUGCUGAACAAUGCCUUACUUUAGAAGCAGCUAUGAUCAAAUUGAAGAGGGAAGCCAACGAUAUUGCAUUGGAAAGAGAUGCAGAUCAACAGAAAAUCCAGGAACUUAUUGAAGAAAACAAUCAUCUGCAGUACAUAACGAAAUCAGUAUUAAGUGAAAGCAAUAAUAGUAAUUUAGAUACAGAUAACGAAGGGGAGAGCACGCUAGAAUCCGGCGAGAAUAGCUUAUCAGAACAAUUGACGAGUAAUGCUCAAGCUAGGGCCUUAAAACUCGAACUUGAAAAUAAGAGACUUUUAUCAACUAUAGACAGCCUUCGAGAACAAACAUUACUAGAGAGUAGUGAUAAAGUGCUUGAACUAGAGAAGGAAAAGAAAAGAUUAACAUUAAAAUGUGAGCAGCUUCAAGAAAACUGUAACAGGCUUAUGCAACAGAACUCAGAGCUAGAAGAAGUAUUCAGAAAUGCUCUAGAAGAAAAUAGGAAGUUACAAGAUUCUUUUGACAGCCAAAAAACAUUUAUAGACCGACAAGCAAUUGAUAGGGAUUCAGAAAAGAACAAAUUACAGGAUUUCGAAAAGCAUUUAGAAUCUAUAACCAAAGAUAAACAGAGAAUUCAAAUGUUAUGUGACUCUAUUCAAAGAAGAGCAGAUGAAUUAGAAAAGUCUUUGGAUGCCAGAACUAAAGAGCUGAACAUUUUGAAGCCUGAAGCUGAUAAGGUCACUGGUCUCAUUAUUCUAACUGAGGAGCUAAAAACUAAAUUAACAUACAGUGAAAGGGACACACACAACUUGCAGAGGGAAGUUAACAAAUUAAGAGAAGCUGUUGAAGAAAAGGAUGUCUCUCUUGAUAAACUUACAACCGAGAUUGAACUCAAAAAGAAGGAAUUGGAGAGACUUACAAGAGAACUAGAGAUAAGCCACACAUUGACAAGCAAACUCCAAGACUUAGAACAAAAGACUCAAGAGCUUAAAUCACAAAAGAAAGUAGAUUCUGAAACCAUUCAGACAUUGCAGAAGGACCUUAUUUCAGAAAAGGUCAAUUUUGAUAAAUUAAGAAAUUGUAUGGAUAAACUUGGUAUUAAUGCAACAGACAUUUUAAGUAGAGAUGUUAGUAUAGAAGAUUUAUUGGAAAAAGUCAUCACAAAUGUUGAUCACGAAGGAUUGAUUUCAGAAAUUGCAGCUAAGGCCAAUUUAAUGAAAUUGGUUCCAUGUGAUUGUAAUCAUGACAAUGUUAACGUAAAUAGCAAUGAUGAUAUAGUCAAUCCGCAAAUAGAGCAGCUCACCUCAGAUCUUGCGACAUUGCAGGCAUCACUAGAAAGUAGUCAAGCUGAAAAUGCUAAACUACAAGUAAACAUUGCAACUUUGAACUCUCAGAAUGGUUCUUUGAUAUCUCAACAAAUGACCCUACAGCUAGCUAAUAGCCAACUUGCUGCUGAGAAAGAAGAGAUUAUCAAACAGUUAGAAGUUUUGAAAGAUAAACAAGAUAACCUACUGAGAGAUCAAGUGGCUCUACAGACACUUCAUGAACAGCUUAACACUGAGUAUGAAACUUUGCUUAGUGAAAGAGAACCUGUUAAAAUCGCUGUUAGAGAUCUAAAACUUGAAAAUCGGGAAUUAAAAGAAAAGUUAGCACAGUAUGAGAAGAAGGUGUCAGAUUUCGAAGCUGAAAGAGAAAACUUAAAGAUCGAAUCUAGAAACCUGGUUAAUCUUAGAGCUGAGCAUUCUAAACUCAAGGAUGACUUCAGGAAUCUCUUUACAGCAAGUGACAGAUUAAAGAAUGAGUACAGAAAUAUGCAAGAAGAAUAUAGAAAUCUUAGAAGUGAAGUUACUCAACUGAAAUUAAGAAAUACUGAGAUCUCUGGAGAAGUUAACACAAAAGUUGAGAUUAUAACCAGUAUGGAAUUAGAAAUUAAUAAGACUAACCAACAUUGUGAAAUGUUAAUUCAAAUGAAUAAGAGUUUAGAUGCAGACAGGCGUUCUUUGAUGGAUCACGUGUCACAACUGUUGACCCAAUAUCACGAACUACUUGCUCAUUCACUAAAAGAUAAACAGCAUUAUCAUGAAGAAGAAAAAAUGUUUGCAGAUAAAGUGAAUGCCUUAUGUCGUCAAAAAGAAAAAUUAGAAGAAAAAAUUAUGGAACAUUACAAAAAGUUGGAUAACUGUACCACAAAAAGACGUGGCUUUGGUGCGUCAUUUGUGAAGAGGGUGCGGAAAGCUGGUACAGAUUUGAUUAAUAAAGUACCAACAAGAAACAACAAACGAAUUGAAGACGCCAGUCGAUCGAAAUCUCAGCUUACAUUGGCUGGGUCGGAAUCGGGUGAAUCAGAUCCUGGUAGCCAAGAACUAGAAAAAAUAUCGAAAAAUUCUGAUCAAGAUCAAGGUUCUUCAAAUCCCAGUGCGGAAUCCCCCAGACACAGCAUAGAUUCUAGUUUCACAAGAAGGUUCGAUGACAAACUUUUGAAAAAAUCGGAUAACAUUGACAUGAGUGGAUCAAUUCCAAGUUUGGAUUCAACUAGAUUGACCAGUGAAAGUAAUUUUGUGCGGAGGCUUUCUGGAACUUCGAUACACAGCGGCGGAGGUGACGAUGCGCUUAUCAGAGCAUCGUUGAGACGACGACCACAUAAAGCAGUUCCACCUACCCAUAGAAAUAGUUUCCAAGGUCUAGAAGGCGACACGGGACUACCAGCAGCAUCAACACCAACACCAUUUGGCACAGCAGGCACCAGGCGCACGGUGUACGUAGCAGAUGAAGAUGCUAGUGCUAAUCUGAAUACUAAGCCACAAAGUACACCUAUCAAAGAAAACCCAACUUACUUGGUAUACAAUCGAAUUUCGACUGUAAUUGGUGAUGGUGCCUGUCAAAGCAUGAAUGAUCGACCAGCCACAGAUCAACACAGGUCAAUGUCUGAACAUCCGAGAUCUGCAGUAGAAGAGAGCUUGCCGGAAAGAGACGAUCUCAGAAAUGAUAGGAGGUCUAUAAAUCGGAAUGAGAAAACGGAUAACUCGAAAGAAUCGGCAAUUUGGUACGAGUAUGGUUGUGUAUGAGGUAUUUUUUGAAUGUUUAUUGACUAAUUUAGGAUGGAAGUUGGGAAUGUAUUACAGACUGAUGAGAUGCCUUGUAUUUUGAUAUUCGAUAUGAUCGCGCGGUUGGAAUAUUGCAAACAUACUUAAGACAAAUUGGCAAUGUUUUGAUAAUGUGAUAAAAUACUUUUUUAUUUUAUUUUGAACCAGUAUUAGUUGGCAUUUACUUUGUUGAUAUGGGUGACAAUAAAUUUCCUGUUUAGCUUUAAAACCUGUAACGUAAACGUCUAUGACACGAAUAUCAGUAAAUAAUAAACAGCAUAGUACGUAAAAUUAGGUUUCAUAGUUUGGAUGCAUCAAUAAUCAUGGUUUAUAAGGCAGCUAAUUAUUUUGAAAUAAUAAAAUUAAGUACAAACUUAAUUUAUUUUCUAUGAAAAAGGUAUGAAUGGUACCUAGACAUGACUAAGAUUUUUGUUUGUUGAUAUUUAUUUUAAACUUUACGCACUGUACAAAACAUUUAGGGCAGCUGUUCUAAAAUAUAAUUGUCUACAAAUAGAAUCACGUAAAUGAAGCCUGUUUUUUCUCUCUUUAGGAACAUUUCUUCUUAGUAUAAUUAGUUUACAGUAAUUUACUAGCAUAUAUGAUUUACCGGUGUAGUAAAGACUAACAACAUAAUAGCAUAAAGCUUGCUAUUUAACAGUGGAAUAAUUUUAAUGUAAUGUAUGGAUCAAUUUUAUUUUACAGGACCAAAUAAUUUACUAUUUUAGAUUAAAUACAUUUUAUUUACUUUACUUUUUGAGAUUAAUACUCAAACUUAUUUUGAGGCUAUUAAGAUGCAUCAAUAAAAUUUAUGUAAAUCUUUUUUAUUCAUGUAAAUAUAAGUUUAAUUUGUAGUUUGAUUAAUACAAUACCUACACUUUGUGAUGUUUUUCUUAGUUUAUUGCCUUGCCAGUGAUAUCUGUGACUUCUGGAAUACAUAAUAUUAUUGUAUUAUCGUUUCUCAGUGUAUGUAUUUGAUAGGUUAUCUUUCCGUAUACUAUGUACCAAGCUGAAAAUGCCGAAAAUAUGGAAUAUUAUUUUUCUGGAGUAAAUUAUUUUGUACAUAGAAUUUAUAAAUUUAGCGAUGGUUGUGACGAGAAUGGAAUAGGUACUGAAUGCUCUCUUUUUAUUAGACUCCUCGUCUAACAUAACAUGUGUAUGUAAUGCAAUGUACCAAAAUGACAAAACCAUUGCUUUUAUAUUACCAUGAUUAUAUUGUUCAAAAUAAUGUAUUCUAUAAAAAUAAUCACAAUAAAGUUAACCAUCAGCUUUUGGUACAUAUUGUAUGAUAUUCUUUACUUAUAUUUUGUGUGUCAAGCACUUAUGUACAAAUAUAUUUUAUUUGUAUGUUAUUAUUGUACAAGUACUUAGUGUACCUAUUUUGUAUGUUUAUCUCUAGUUUCUUUUAAUAAGAAGUUAAUGAUAUUAUUACAGUUACAGUAAUCUUUAUUAAUAUUUCAUUACACAUUUUGUUCCAGUACAAACAAACGUAAUAUGACAGCUUAUGUUGCAUUGUCGUAGGUACUUUGCGAUCAUAAAUAGGUAGAUUAAGUUUAUUGUGUUAACAACUAAAAAAACUUUGUAAAUCUUUCUCAUAUUCAAUUCAUUAUAAAUUGGAUGAUGUAUAUUUGUUUUUCAUAGAAAUAUACUUAGCAGUGGACCUCUGAAACAGUUAUUAAAUAGCAGCAAGUACAUUAUUGUUGUAGACUAGUGCCUUUUGAUGCCCCAUAAUUUGAUUUAAUCGAAUGUUAAUAAUAUACUUGUUUAUUGGUACUAAAGAUGGUGCUUUUCAUCACUGUGAUGAAAUCAUUGCAGAAAAUUGUUUAAAGUGUGAUUAUAAUAUUUAUUUGAUAAACAGCUUUUGACAAAAAAUGUCUGACUUCCAAAUUAUUUGGUAAUAAUUGAAGUAAAGGCUACUUUUUCCUAAUUUAGGUGAAGCACAAAAAUGUACUGAUUUAUUUAUCCAUGGACAUACAAUGACUUAUGAUUUUAACUCCAUUUUUUUGAUAUUAUUUGUAAUUUACUUUAUUAUAGUAAGGUACUUAAUAAAUGCCUCUCACCGAAUUUAUAUUUUAGCACACACAUUUAACUUCUCGAAUACAGUUCUUAUUAAACAUU